CUUCUUUCACCAUGGUACACCACAAGGAGCCUGAUCCCGUCGUCUUGACGAGUGGCAAAAAACGUCAUGAGUGCACUCAAUGCGAUGAGGUGUUCUUCUCAGACAACCCCGAGGCGAUUUUUAAGCACCAAGAGGAGAAGAUAAAGCUGGGUGAAGGUCAUCUGGAGUGUCUCAUCUGUAACGAGAAAUUGCACUCCAGCGAGGCCUUUUACUAUCAUUUGAGAAUGAAUCACCCGGCGGAUCAAGACCUGAAUUGUCCAGCAUGCGGUCAACAUCACAACAAGGUUUACAAGCUGAUGGAUCAUCUCGUCGAUUGUGACAAGGCAGCUUACGCUAUAGCUCGCAUAGAAACCGCGCGAGACAAAAGCUUGAAAUUCGUCCGCGAGCUUGCUUACCGUGACGAGGCCCGUCACAAGAAGGGUGUACAGCUGGGUCCCGCCCCUAUCAAUAGUGAUUUUGGCGAGUACCUUGGCCAUAGAGACCCUCGGGUUGAUCUUCCCGACGAGGAGCAAAAGCUUGCCUCUGAGAUGCAUGACCUGGGAUUGGAAUCUUCAAGUUCGGUUGAGAAGUUUCACAAAGGCGAUUCCAAGUGUCCCGACCUACUCACAUCUGACGAUAAUUGGGCGCAAAAAGAGAACAACAAUCCUCGUGUCCAGAAGUCUGCCCCAGUGACUGCAGACAUGCUUGCGAGCAAGAGGUUGUUCCCCAAUGCUCCUCCUGCUGUUCAACCCACUGCCCAACAGCUUAAGCAUCUUGCUGCGUCCCACGAUCCGCAGACGCCAGCGCUUAAUCUGGACAUCCGCGACCCUGACAACCCUAAGUUCAGUGUGGGUAUGUACUACGAGCACGUAAUGGACAAGUACCGAUGCGCAUACGCGCCUCAUUGCAUCAAAACAUUCAAGAAAGCUGGUCAACUUAUUGGCCAUCUCAAAACCAAUGAUCACCAGCCCGCCAAAUACAGGUGCCCUUUCUGCAGCAAGAUGUACCGGACCCUUUCGGCCCUCACUCAGCAUUGCGAGACACCCAACACCUUUUGUGAGAUCGAUUAUUCGUAUUCGUACCGCGUAUUCCUCGGGCAGCUCACCGGCGGUGUUAUCGAUGUUGACGGCAAACAUGCGGACCACACCCCCAAGUACACCGUCACGAACGAGGCAAAGGUGAUAUUUGGCCAAGGACAGAGUAUCCUGCCCGACAAGAAUGACAAGAAGGCCGGCAAGGCUCAACAGCCCAAGCAUAGAGAAGCCAAGGCCGUCGAGGGUCCUCCGGCUUGCCCAACUCCCGAAGUUCUUCAGGCACGUCAGAAAUUCCAAGAGGCGAUGCAGCCUCAAAAGAGGAUUGCCGUCUACGACGACUUCGUAGAGAGUUAUGAGAAAGAAAAGAGAGAGGCCCAGCAGCGGCGGCUUGCGGAGAACGCGAGCUGGUAAAAGCCAUGACACCGAUACAUAAGUAAUGAUAAGCCUAACAGGACGUACGGAGUUCAUGGUUUGAUCAUGUUAACACUAAGGGGUCGGCUUUUUCUUCUCUCUCUCUCU